UCCCGCGCUCCCUCUGCCACCGAGGAACCGCGAGACCCGCCGGGUCUCGCGAGAGUGGACGGCGCCUGCCCCCGAGCCCCCUGGGAAACGUAGUCCCGAGCCCUCCAUAAAAACCACCUGGUCGCGGAGCCCCGCCCGCGCCAAGAUGGCGGCUCCCAGCGGGGUGGAGUCCGUUCGCCGGGCGUGCGGGCCGGGGCGGGGGUCUGGGCUUUAGGCCGAGAAAAAUUCCACAAUGUUUGGGGACCUAUUUGAAGAGGAUUAUUCCAGUGUGUCAAAUAAUCAGUAUGGAAAAGGGAAGAACUUAAAGACUAAAACUUUGGAGCCACCUGCUCCCAGAGAAUUCACCAAUUUAAGUGGAAUCAGAAAUCAGGGCGGAACCUGUUACCUCAAUUCCCUUCUUCAGACUCUUCAUUUUACACCUGAAUUCAGAGAAGCUUUAUUUUCUCUUGGUCCGGAAGAGCUUGGUUCCUUAGAAGAUAAGGAUAAACCUGAUGCAAAGGUUCGAAUCAUACCUUUACAGUUGCAGCGCUUGUUUGCUCAGCUUCUGCUCUUAGACCAGGAAGCUGCAUCCACAACAGACCUCACUGACAGCUUUGGGUGGACCAGCAAUGAGGAAAUGAGGCAACACGAUGUGCAGGAACUGAAUCGAAUUCUCUUCAGUGCUUUGGAAACCUCUUUGGUUGGGACCUCCGGCCAUGACCUCAUCAAUCGUCUGUACCAUGGAACUGUGGUUAACCAGGUUGUGUGUAAAGAAUGUAAGAACGUCAGCGAGAAGCAGGAAGACUUCUUAGAUCUCACAGUAGCAGUCAAAAACGUUUCUGGUUUGGAAGAUGCCCUCUGGAACAUGUACGUGGAGGAGGAAGUGUUUGACUGUGACAACCUGUACCACUGUGGGACUUGUGGCCGGCUGGUUAAGGCCGCCAAGUCAGCCAAAUUGCGCAAGCUGCCGCCCUUUCUUACUAUUUCAUUACUCAGAUUUAAUUUUGAUUUUGUGAAGUGUGAACGCUACAAGGACACUAGCUGUUAUACAUUCCCUCUGCGGAUCAAUCUCAAGCCUUUUUGUGAACAGAGCGAGUUGGAUGACUCAAGGUACAUGUACGACCUCUUCUCUGUCAUCAUCCACAAAGGCGGCUGCUAUGGAGGCCAUUACCAUGUCUAUAUUAAGGAUGUUGACCAUCUGGGGAACUGGCAGUUUCAAGGGGAAAAGAGUCAGCCCGAUGGGAACUUGGAAACUCUCCCAAAUGAAGAGACUGAUGACCCACUGGUGAUCUUAAAAGCAAUCUUAUUACAGGAAAAGAACAGUCUAAUUUCUGUUGAUCAACUGGGACAAAAACUCUUGAAAAAGACAGGAAUAUCCUGGAACAAGAAGUACAGAAAAGAGCAUGGACCACUGCGAAAGUUCUUACAGCUCCAUUCUCAGAUAUUUCUGCUCAGCCCAGAUGAAAGUACAGUUAGCCUCCUGAAGAACGGUUCUCUCCAGGCUGAGUCUAAUUUCCAAAGACAUGAUCAACAGACUUUUCAGACACUGGCUUCAGAACGCCCAGGACUAAAUGGUAGCCCCUCCUGUCCCCACUGGUUUGACAUCAAUGAUUCCAAAGUGCAGCCAAUCGAGGAGAAGGAUAUUACACAGCAGUUUCAGGGGAAAGAAAGUGCCUACAUGCUGUUUUAUCGGAAAUCUCAGUUGCAGAGGCCCCCUGAAGCUCGAGCUAAUCCGAGAUACAGGGUUCCAUGCCACUUGCUGAAGGAAAUGGAUGCGGCCAACACUGAACUGCAACUGAAAAGAACAGAGUGUGAUUCUGCGAGCAAUAAUUUUGAAUUGCAUCUCCACCUGGGCCCUCAUUAUCGUUUCUGCAAUGGGGCCCUGCACCCAGGAAUCUCGCAGGAAGAGAGCGUGUGGGAUUUGACUUUUGAUAAAAGAAAAACUUUAGGAGAUCUCCGGCAGUCAAUAUUUCAGCUGUUGCAGUUUUGGGAAGGAGACAUGGUUCUUAGUGUGGCAAAGAGUGUACCAGCAGGACUUCAUAUUUACCAGACCCUGGAUGGCGAUGAACUGACACUCUGUGAAGCUGACAUUGCUGAUGGGGAAGACAUCUUUGUAUGGAAUGGAGUGGAGGUUGGUGGAGUCCGGAUCCAGACUGGUGCGGACUGCGAGCCUCUGCUGAUCCGUGUUCUUCAUCCGGAGCCCUGCGGGGAAGGAGAGGCGCAUGGGCAGUUGGUGGAGACCCCACACGUCUUCCCAGCGAAUGCGGAAAUAGGAACUGUGAUCACUGCCUUGGCCAUGCCAGUCGGCGUCCUCCUCGUCAACCUUGCCGAGCCUGCCAAGGAAGAGUGCUGGACUGCCAUUCCCCAGGAAGACUUGAAGAAGACAUUCCGAGAGCGUGGGCUUGGAAAUGGAAGCGCAGUCCUACUUCAGCAUUCCCACAGUGCCGAAAGCAGUCUGUUGUCCAGACAAGGGAAAUGGAUUGCUGAUGUGGAGGACCGCAACUGGCUUCAAGUUAAAAAUUUUUGUCAGUCUGAAUCUGAAGAGAACCAAGUGAAAAUAGCCGCAACGGGUAACACAGUGGUGUUUGAUAUUCGAAUUAAAGCCAUACAGGAAUUAAAAUUAAUGAAGGAUUUAGCUGAGAACAGUUGCUUGAGACCUAUUGACAGGAACGGGAAGCUUCUUUGUCCAGUGCCAGACAAGGCCACCUUGAAGGAGGCAGAGGUGAGGAUGGGGAGCCCACUGGCGCUGUGUCUUGGAAAAGCACCGACUCCCUCUCAGCUGUUCCUGUUUUUUGCUCUGGGGUCUGACAUUCAGCCGGGUAUAGAAAUGGAGGUCAUAGUAGAAGAAACGCGCUCUGUGAGAGACUGUUUAAAGAUAAUGCUGAAGAAAUCGGGUCUGUCAGGAGACGCGUGGCACUUGCGGAGAAUGGACUGGUGCUAUGAAGCCGGGGAGCCUCUGUGUGAAGAGGAUGCAACACUGAAAGAACUUAAGAUAUGUUCUGGAGAUACUUUGCUUCUAAUGGAAGGAAAACUCCCUGCUCCGGGAUUCCUGAAGGUGCCCGUCUGGUGGUACCAACCCUGGGGGCCAUCGGGGCCAUCGGGGCACUGCACCACUUCUCAAGGCGGCAGCUGGAGAGAUACUUCCACCCAAGGUGAGGCCACGGGUGGCCCCGCGCCCCCCGCGCCCGCGGACGUGGGCCUCGUGCUGCUGGGCGACGUGGAGACGGCGGAGGACGCCACGCUGGCGGAGCUCAAGUGGCAGGCCAUGGCCUUGCCGUCUGCCGCGGAGCUGGCCCUGCGGUCCCCCGCCUUCCUCAGAGCCUGGACGGUGGAGGGCAGGCGCCCCGGCAGGCUCCUGCGCUCGGACCGACAGCAGCUCCGGGAAUACAAACUGGGACGGAGAGCUGAGAUCUGCCUGGAGGCUCUUCAGAAGGAGGAAAGCUUGGGCCCCCGGGACCUGCUGCUGAGGACGCGGCUGCGCGUGCCCGGGGAGCGCGCCUACGCGCCGGCCGUGGACGUGGUGUGGGACGCGGCGCGGGGCUGCACCGCGGCCUCGCUCCGGCAGACGGUGGCCGACGCGUACGCGCUGCCCGCGGACAAGAUGGAGAUCGCCAAGUACUUCCCCGAGAGGUUCGAGUGGCUCCCCAUAUCCAGCUGGAAUCAGCCAGUCGCCAGAAGGAAGAAGAAGAAGAAGCAGGAGAACUUGCAGGGGGCGCCCUACUACCUGAAGGACGGCGACGUCAUCGGGGUGAAGAAUCUCCUGCUGGACGAGGACGAGGACUUCGGCACGGCCGGGGACGACCUGGGGAAGGAGAGGCAGAGGCAGCAGGCGCUGGGGAGGAAGAAGAGCCGCGAAGCCCUCCGCGCGCACGGCAGCGACCUCUUCCCCGGCGCGGCGACGCCCGCCCAGCCCCGAGGCCCCGAAGCUGCGCUGUCCAUCCGCGUGGGGAGCUUCGGAUAGCCCCGCGGGGGCCGCCGUCCCCAGCGCCACCGGGGGUCCCGAGGCAUCCUUCAGACGUGCGGGGCGCACGA